AUGCAAGCCAUGUCCACUGCCGACAAUGCCUUUAGUGGCACGUUGCCAAGUGAGUUGGGUCGGCUGUCGCUUAUGAAGUACACUUACCUUUUAGGCAAUCAGUUUUCGGGAAGUAUCCCCACAGAGUUGGGGCGAUGGUCGGAUGUCAUUUGGUUGUCACUCAAUGACAAUCUACUCAGCGGACCAUUGCCGAGUGAAGUGGGACUGUUUUCGAUCAUAAAAGAGUUUCCAUUGCAGAACAACGCUUUGGAGUCCGAGUUGCCCACCGAAGUCGGACAAUUGCAACUUCUGCGACAGUUGGAUGUAAGCCAAAACCAAUUCACAGGGACCUUGCGGACCGAGUUUGCUCGGUUGACACGUCUUGAGACCCUUCAAAUGCACGGGAAUCAAUUCUCGGGUCCUUUGGUGACGACACGGGACGACUUGUCGAUGGGAAACUUGACCAAGCUCGUGAUGUUGGAUCUGUCCAGCAAUGCUUUCACGGGCAGUAUCCCCGAUUGUUGGAAAGCUCUAGCACUUCUAGAAGAGUUUGACAUCCACAACAAUCAAAUCAGCGGCAAUGUUCCAGUUACAUUAUCAGCUUGGGGCAGCACCAUUCGAAAGGUCGAUUUGUCAAGCAAUGCUUUGUCCGGAUGGCUACCAAUGGACCUGUUCGAAGCGUGGCGAAAUGUUACCUAUUUGGAUAUUGCUGGAAAUGAAUUUCUUUCGGGGACGUUUCCCGGCGCUUAUUGCGAAAGAACUCGAUUGCUACCAGACGAUGAAUAUACAUUGGUUCUUGGCUUUGAUUGCAGUGACAGGUUUUGCGGAUGCAACUGCACCAGCUGCUCACCUUGGACAAACGGAACCCGGCGGUGA